AUGCUUUCUCGCAUUCUGGAUGCGAGACAUUCUCGACAGUAUGCAAAGAAAACGAGUUAUGAUCAUGUUACUCCAACCACAGACCCAGGUCGAAUUUUCACAGUGUUUUUCGGCUUAAUUGGUAUUCCUCUUAUGUUCAUAACAGCAGCAGAUAUAGGGAAAUUCUUGUCUGAGAUAGUUAUCAGGAUAGCGAGUCAACAACACUACGACAAUGCUCUAUUGGCCUAUCACCUCAAUCAUGUGAACUGUCAACUUUGA